AUGGAACUUGACAUUGGUGAGCUCAAGAAAAUGUCAACAGACUAUGCGGUGGCCAAGGAUGAAGCCAUCAGAGAGGCUAGCAAGGUGGUAGAUGUGCAAAACAUAAAGCACGUUACGGAUAACAAAAGAUUGAUUGGGGAUGUCGUGGAGAAAACUUCUGAAGAUUGGAAUGCUCAGAAAGAAUUUUUCUAUCAACAAAUAAAAUAUGGCCAGCGUCCUGCUGAAGAACCACCAAAACAGGGAGAGAACGAGAACUUCGAAGGACAGGAACGGGAAGCCAAUCAGAACUUCAAAGAGCAGGGAAGUAAUGAGAAAUUUGAAGAGCAGGAUGACGAUGGGAGCUUUGGUAAGGAACUAGAAGACGAGCUAUUGUCGCAGCUCUUGACACGAUGA